CUAAUUGUGGAUUGGAAACAGUACUCGUGACGCCAAAUUUGAACCCAUCAAAUAUUAUCUUAACUAUCAGAAGCAUCAAACAGUAUGUUAAAAAUUAAAUUUGCUAAAAAUUUCUAUGGCAAUUAAAAACUGAAGCAUUUCAAUUUGCCCUUGAGCUUCGUUGAGGUAGGCAGGUAAACUUCAAAGAUGCACUUGUGAAGCAUUGAGGGCACGAUAAUUUUACACCUGCAUCUUGACACCGGUGCCAUGGAUAGACUAAAGCAAUUUUACAGCAAAAAAGAUGACUCCGUGAGACAAUGGCUAACAGAGUUACGUAGUACAACUGAGAGUGAGUGUAUGAGUGUUCUGCAGGUCAAGCCACUCAGGCCUAGUGACCCUUCCCCUGGUGGAGUAGAAGCAGUUAAACAACUGAAAGAUGGUAUAGAUUCGCUCAGACGUGAAGCUGACAAAAUUAGUGAAGACUUUUCAGAGAUAUUCAGAUGUUUUGAAGAGUGCUCUUGGGGUGAGUUUCUAGAAGAUGCCUUGGAAAUUACACAUCACAUAAACUUUCUCAUUUGUAUUUGUCAGUCUUCUGUCAAAGGAAUUCCUGAUUACAUCAAAGAGCAACAAGACAUGGUGAUGGGAGAAUGUGCAAAACUUAAACAUCAGGCCUCAAGCUUUUGCAGCUCAGAAUCCAUUAGCCAGAAAAACAAGGUGCCACUGGUCAAUCAGCUGACAUUUCUGGGUCAGACUUUUAGCCGCUUAGUUGAUUUGACCCUUGGUCUGCUUGUGCAACGGAUAGUGGACUAUCUAGACAGCAAUAGCUCUACGCUUCUUCAUGCAGCCAUUGCCUGCUUGAUUACUCUUGGGCUUGAUGGAGAGCACAUGUGCUUCAUCAUUGCACGGGAAGGAGGAGUUCGAGGAUUGCUGGAAAUCUGUCGGAGAGAUUCAAUGAGCUUCACGUGUUCGCAGGCUCUUCGUGCACUAGCUACUGUGUGUUGUGCACCUGAAUGCAUUGCUGAAUUCGAACUUGAGCGAGGUGUCGAGUCGCUGCUCGACCUGCUGUGCGACUUCAACACUGGAUAUGAAAGGGUUCAAGGGGAAGCAGCAGGUGUAGUAGCCCAGCUUACCUCCCCUGGUCUACAGAACGGUCACAACUUGCCCGGCCUGCUUGAGAAUCUGUACCGCCUGCUUCAAGCUUUGCUGAAUUUGUCUAGCAAGACACAGAACCAUGAGGUGUUUCUUCUCUCUGUUGCGGCCAUCGCCAACAUCACCUUCCUUCACAAACAAUCGUGCAGCAUAUUGCUUCAGCUUCAAGCUCCACGACUCCUUGUCAUGGCCAGCAGUAUGCCUAAAGCCAGUUCCCUCUUUGCUAAGGAUCAGAUAGCCACCAUCUUUGCAAACAUAGCCACCAGUCAAGCAUGUCAAAAGGCCAUCAGACAGCAAGAUGGGGUGCAUCUUCUGGUUAGCUUUUUGUAUGAGCGACCUUUGACAUCCUAUGGUCCUGCUGAGACAGCUGCAUGCAGUCAUGUGCAGCAGAAGGCAGCAAUAGCACUGUCACGUUUGUGCUGUGAUGGCACACUUGCCAACAAGGUGAUCAUCACCAGAGGGAUACCUCGACUGGUGGAGCUUUGUAGAUGUUCAGCUGCUCGAAACAACAGUGACUCUGUACUAAUAGCUUGCCUGGCUGCCUUGCGGAAAAUCUGUGAUGUGUGUGGCACAAGUGAAAUAGGACGCCAGGAUCUUCAGCAGCUAGUAUAUCCACAGCUUAUGGAGUCAUUCCUUAUCUGCUCACAUAAAGAUGAAAAUUUUGUUUGACUAUGAUAUUUUGCAUUUCAAUUCAUAUUAUGUUUGCUCUAGUCAGUCUUCUGCAAACUGGAAUCUGCAACAUAGGCAGCUAGCAAACAGCAUUUUCUUAUCAUAAUCUAACAGCAAAAUUUAUUCCACAUACAUUUUGAGAUCUGCAAGUGCAUUCAUACCCCCAGAAAUACUGCAGAAAUGUCAAUUGGUGAUUAAAAUGUUGUUGACUGAGGAUAAUGGCACGGAAAUCUAAUGAAAAUAACUUCCUAGAUGCAGUGCAUUUCCGAUCUGCUGUUUGGUCAGAUUAUCUUAACAUUCUGCACAAGCCAAACUUCAACAGACUUCAUUACAGUUACAUUUAAAAUGUAACGAUGAGAUUAUUUUUUGUUUCAUUUCACUGUUUAAUGUUUGAUAAAGAUUUGAUAAUUUAUCUUUGUGAAAUAUAUUACCACUGAGCAAGACACAACAAUAAUCAUUUUAUUUUCUUCCCAACUUCAAAAAGUCAAUAUUUAUCUUGCAGUAUUUUUGAGUCCACAUUUUGUUUGCCCAGUAAGUUUCAUUGUGGUUCAUGUUUUUUUUGUGGCACACAAUCUGGACCAAAAUUUAACAAAAUCUGUUGCAUGAUUAUAUUAGAACAUGUAUACAGUCUUGGUGCUUUAAAUUGGAGUGUUUUCUAGUGUGCAGCUGCUGUUGAAAAGCCAGUGAUAAUGUUAUUAUAUAAAUUUGUGAGGAUAUUUUCAAUUACAGUGCAUUAUAUCAUAGGUAUGUGAUGCAUCAGAGUUUUUUGGCUGUGUAUAUCACAUCUUUUUCAAAGCUGUGAUCUGGCUACCUGGUCUUCACGAUAUAAAUAUAUUACUCACGAUGGUACAGUAUUUUUUUUUGUUUUGUUUUUUUUGUUUUGUUUUUUUUUUUGUUUUUUUUGUUGUAAGAUACCUCACACCAGCAGGAAGUUAUUAGCAGCUGGUAUGGAUUUUAACUUUUUUUAAAAAAAACACUUAGCUUUCUCAAGUUUUAGAAAAAAAAAUCAUCUUUCCCUUCUUUUUCCGUCUAUUGAUUCCUCAUCAUUUUAAUCUAACAUAAUCAUAACAUUGAUAAACAUGAUCAUGGUCAAUGUAAGCUUGUGGUAAUGAAGAUUACAGCAGUAAAUUGUGAUAAGACUGAAAUCAUGUGGGUUAUAUUUUUAAAACUUGUCAGUAAGCUAUAGCUAUAUUCAACUUGGUUCUUAAUCCAGUAUUUCUUGGAACAUUUAUGAGUUCUUAAUGCCAACAGCUCUGAUACUGUCCACUGAUAGCAAGUCAAGAGACCAGGAAUGGAAUCAGAUCCUGUUUGUCAUUUGAGCUGUGUCUUCUGCUUGUUAGUAACCAUGUUUGUGGAAGAUUAACGUAAUUUUUUAAUUUUUACAAAAAGAAAAGAAAAACUACUUGCAUCAUUGUGCUCAGUUUCUUCCUUCAGUGAUGUUGAUUAAUGUUUUUCAUAUAGAUAUCUUUCUCACUGCCUGAACUGCAUCUGGCUGUCAUUUCCGUCUGAGUAUCCAACAUGUAUUAUGAUAUCACAA